AAUUAACGAGUAAAAUAAAAGCAAAAAAGAUAAUAAAAGCCACGCGCUACUCCAAGUCUCCGAGAGAGAUCUGAGCGAGAGCACAGACAAGGAGGAGGAAGAAGAAGAAGAAGGCGAAGCAGAAAGAGAGAAAGGGAGGGAAAGAUGAUGUCCGGGAACUAUACGAGCAUUGAUAACCAAAACGUCUCAGGAUCCGUUCCUGCUGCGGUUCCAGAUCCAGGUCACCUCACCGUCAAAUUCGAAGAUUCAAACCUUCAGACAUUUCCUCCAUCUGAGGCACACGGGAAGAUUGCUAGUGGUGCUCGCCCUCCUCGUGAUGCCGAUGACACGUUUUCAAAACCUGUAUCUGGUUCUGAUGAAUCCCAGCAGAGUGGUUGGCUACGGGUAUUCUCUGUAUCUUCUUACAAGUCAUACUUUGAUGUUGACACUUCUGAUGUUCUAGAGAGGAUUAAAGAUUCACUCCUUCCAUUCAGCGGAACGUUCAAUGAGAAAACAUCUAACAGCCCAGAUUUGUAUGGACCUUUCUGGAUAUGCACUACUCUAAUAUUUGUAGCAGCUGCCAUCGGCACUUUUGUGACAUAUGUAGCACACAAGAUCAAGAGUAAAGAUUGGGAAUAUGACAUUAAUGUGGUGCAAUGGUCUGCUGGAUUGUUCUAUGGCUAUGUUACUAUUGUUCCUCUUGUACUGUAUGUAAUUCUCAAAUACUUCUCAGCACCAUCAGGUCUCGUUCAGCUGUUUUGUCUCUAUGGCUACUCCCUGUUUGUCUUUAUUCCAGCAUUGUGCCUCUCGAUUGUGCCCAUCGAAAUCUUCAGAUGGGUAGUUGCAGGCGUAGCUGGGGUUAUGUCUGCCACCUUUGUUGCAGUCAACCUUCGAGCCCACAUCGUUUCUGCCGGUGAAAGGUGGUUCUUGAUUGUCGCCGGGAUCUUUCUGUUGCAGUUGGCUCUGUCUGUCGUGCUAAAACUCUAUUUGUUCACCAUAACAGUCUAAGAUUAAACCGUGCUUUUUCAUAAAUAGGCAUGAACGAGUUGUAGAUUACAAAGUAAGAUAUUUUUGUCCAUUGACAUGUUACUGUUAGCUGAAAUAUUCAUUCGUCAACUAUAAAAACAUCUUGUAUUCAUUCUUUCCGGCAAUACAAAUUCAUAUGUAUCAGAGUA